UGUACGCCUUUUUUUCCCGUGGAAAGCCCCGCCAUGCAAGCGGGCGGCGCGCGCAAUGCCCGGCAGCAGCGGCAACCCGCUCGCCCUCAGGCGAUGCCCAACCGGGUGGUGCUGCCAGCGAGGCAGCGAUUACUGCCCAUGCCCACCUUUGGGCGGCAGCCAGUCCAGGUGGUCACCGGGCAGGUUGUGGACGUGGGGCCAGACAUGGAGGGAGUUGUGCAGGGCCGCAUUGAGCGGGGGCCAUGGCACGAGUCGCCUGGCGCUGAGCAGUCAGCUUUGCGAUGCAUGGAGUAUCAGCUGACAACACGUGGUGCCGUGCUUCGUUCCUGGCUGUCCAGUCGCGAUGAAAAAGUCGUCAGGGACUUGGAGAUCCCUCAUGACCUUCGCCUGGAGCGGGGCAACACGGGACUGCUGGCGACGAAGUAUAAAAACUUGGGUCGCACACUGCUUUUAAACUCACUCAUCAUCAUCGUCCUGUACUUCGUUACAAGUGCUGGAUACUUCUAUUUUUCCAAAGAGGUCCCAAGGACUUGCAACGUCAAGCUGGGCUCCAGCUUUGUUUGGCUUGGAGUCUGUCAGGCAGCCCUUGGGCUGACCAUGACUUGCUUCCUAGGUGUGGCCCACCAUAUGCUUUGGGCCCUGUACCAUGGCGAAAUCGCGGAGAGGUACAGGCUCCAGUGCAGAGAAGAGGAGGCGGAGUCGGAGGAGAGCGAUUAUGAGUCACAGGCCUCAAGAGCGCGCUGGUGUCUCGUGAUCCCGCGCCUCAUUCACUCCUUCAUGACGGUACUCUCCAUUCUGAUUUGGAUCCAUGGCGUGUAUCUCGCCAUGCUUGCGAGGGACGAGGUUUGUGGAAGAUCAGUGGAGGUGUUCUGGUUGUUGGCCUUCAUCACCUUCAUCACCACCUGCUACUCCUCCGUUGAUUCUAGCGGCCGCAGUGCAGUGAGCCUAUGAACUCUUAGAUGAUCUUAGACGUAGCUGUGCGAGAUUCUUGAGUAGUCGAUGGAAUCUAUUGUACAACUGCCUAUGUAUUUGUGACA